AUCCUGACCCGAGACCCGGCAGCUCUUUGGGGGCGCUGUGGAGUUCGGCGGCCCGCCCCGCUUUUGCAUUUUCUCUGCAGGACGCUCUCCAGCGGGCCCCCGGGGACCGCGGGGUUGACAGCGGUCACGUUCCCCCCCUUCCCCCCGCAGAGCGUCCUGCCUGGCUAGGUUGUCCAGGCGCCGCGAGAUCGGCGGAUCCGGCGCCGGGGGCGGCGUGUUGAGGCUGGCACGCAGGCCGAGGGGGGGACCCAGAGGUGGUUCCCGCCAGAGAGAUUUGGGGGCGAGCGAAUGCCCUGGAAUGUUCUGUAGACUGGGGGGGGCGGGGAAGCAGUGGUCGCCCUUGGUCCUCAUCCUCGGGUCUGAGCGGAGCAGGCGUUGCUCCCAGGUAUCGCGGCUGUAGCGGACCCUGGCCCGGCCCUCCGGCUACGGAGGAGCCGAGGCUCAGCCCGUCGCCCUGGGAACCCCGGCUGACCCGGGCGUGGGGCUCAGAGGUCGACCAAGUGAUACCCAAGGUUCAACUGGAACCCUCUCCUCCCCGCACCUACCUCUACUUCAGAUGACUGGGUGAAGUGUUGGGGUGAAAACGGUAGAGACGGGGAAUGAGAACAGCUUCGGACAAUUCAAACUAAGGACACAGCCUAAUGAGUGGUUGGAAUGAGACACCCAGAGACAGACCGACCCUUGGGUGUGUUAGGUGUGCCAAGAAGAAAAUUGUGGACUACACAUUGUCCAUAUUGCUGUAAUUGGCCUAAUCAGAAUAAGCCACUGGCUCUUCUGUUUUUUAGGAGAAAUCUGGCAAAGGAGAAAUCAGGAUAUUUUUGCAGUGAAGGAAAGAGAACUAUUUCUUCCUAAGCCAUUGUUAUUUUUGGGUUUUAAGCUAAGACGGUGGAUAGUUCCAGGGGAAGCUUAAAACUUCCUGCACUUCACAGAUUUUAUGCCUCUCAAAAUUGUCCCGGUCUUGUUGGCUUUUGCAGUUCAGCCCUCAGAUGCCAGCUGCCUCCUGGUUCUAAUAUUGCACCAGGUGUACAUAUGGCAGCAGAGCAAAUAGCCUGAUGAUAUUUUUAGCUUUCUCAGUUGUUCUCAUUUGCCGAAGUCCUGCAGGGUGCUACAAAAAUGGCUGAGUUGGAGCCUGUAAUUUAAGGGAGAUGGAGAAAAGUUAUCAUUUGGAGGCAGUGGGUGGGGAUGAGUUUGAUUGAUUUGCCCUCUCAUCUCCCACCCUCAAUGCACCCCUUCCACUGCUUUGCAGAUGGACUUUAAAUAUGUUUCUUUCCUAAAGAGAUUGAAUUUUAUCACUCUAGAUAUGAUGUUGAGGCAGCUGCCGGUAUAUUUUUAGUCAGAUUCUGUGAUAUCAAAGAGAGUGGUGACUUAGGCAUUUCAGUGUUGCAGCGUUGUUCUUCGGGUUCUGGUUUUUAAAAUGAUAACACUUUGGUUUAGAGAGGCUAAUGGCUUGCCCCAGGUCACAUGCCUUGGCACUGGUGCCACCAAGAAUAGAGUCCCAUUUCUCCUGCUUGCCCGGUGGUGGUGCUUUAUACCCUGCUGUCACACGUUGCCCUGGAUGCCACUUGCUUGUGUCCUGCAGCUUGACAUGUCCGUUAGUGGAAAGAGGUAUUUAUCAGAACAGUUAUGGUUGAUAAUUUGUUCAGUGCUUUUCAUGUGCGGAACAUGGUGCUUAGUGUUCAUGAUCCAGUCUUUGAAGGAGAAUUUACAGACAAGGGAGCUGAGGCGUAGAGGCCCAGUGACUCACCCAAGGUCACAUAGUACAUGUUUACCAGAGGGCCAGACCCCCGGGCGUUCUUUUUAUUUCCCCCAUAACCUUUUUGGACCUACUCGUGGUCCUUGACCUUGGGAAUUAAUAUCUUACCUACUUCAAUUCACUGAGUAUGUAAUUUGGGCUCAGAAAAUGUGUGGGGAACAGCCAAACGUGUCUACUUAUAUCUGCAGACAACUCAGUAAAAGCAGGCGUUGUAAAGAUAAAAUCUGCACAACCUUAAACAUUUUAAUUUACAACAUGGCUGAUUCCUGAGAUUAUUGGAGAUUAUUCAAAGUGAAAAUUCCAGCAACAGGUUAUAACCUGGUAGGAAAUAUUUCUCCAGUGCAGGGCAGAACCUGCUGCUACUUAAAGACAAACAGCCCAUUUAUACGUGAAGGUAACGCACACCUUCAGUCAUGGUCAUCGCAUGUAAACAGAUUUAUGGUGUAAAUUCCUGUUGUUAGCUUAUCUGACUUUGAAAAAGUCACGGGGAAAACUUGGCUAUCUUGUGCCAACUGCUAGCUUGUUUUCAACAUACUAUGACCUUGAGUAAAUGAGGUCUGAACUUUCUCUAUUUAGAUGCUUUUGUAAGUGAAAAUUUUAAAAACCAUCUUCCCUGAAGUUUAUCUCAUCAGCCCCAUUCUAAAGGCCUGUGAAAUUUUCUGCUUGCUUGAUUCUAAUUGUAAGUACAUUUAAAGAGAAGCAUCCCCAUGCUUUUUUACCGCAAAGCUCUCUGUCUGCAUUAGGAUAAGACUCCGGAGCCGCACUGGAUGUGUUCGAAUCUCAGUCCCCACCGUGACUCUGGACGUGUCACAGAAACUUUGUUUCCUCAUCUCCAAAGUGUAGACGGUAAACUGCACCUCAUGGGGCUGGUGUGAAGACUAGCUGAGUUAACGCAUGUACUGCACUUCAGCACAGCCGGGCCCAGUAAAGCGAAGCUGUGACUAUUAUGCUGAAAGUCGCCAAACUGCAAGAAAAGUAGGGGCCCCAGAGCCCAUCUAGUUGACACCCCCAUCUUCACUUGCAGAUGGGACGGAGGCCCCCAGAGGGAAGUCACUUACCAGAGUGUGUAGGCUCUUCAUCCAGAGCUCAAGUCUUCUGACUCUUGGGGACAGUGAGACCUGCCGCUCCGGCCCCCUCUCCAACUUGCCUGAGUGGAGUGGCCCGCACUGACCAGGUGGGAGCUCCCAGUUGGCCCAGCAUGAACUGGAAGGUUCUUGAACACAUGCCCCUGCUGCUGUAUAUCUUGGCAGCGAAAACAUUAAUUCUCUGCCUGGCGUUUGCUGGAGCCAAAGUAUACCAAAGGAAAAAAUUGGAAGCAAAACGGCAAAAACUGGAAGCUGAAAAGAAGAAGCAGUCAGAGAAGAAGGAUAACUAAAGGGAAAUCAAAGGGCAGCACAUUUUCCAACGCGCCACCUCCUCAGGGGGAGCCUGGCCCACAGGAAGGGAGUGGGCGUGUGGUUGUUGGUCCUGAUGAGGACCAAAGUGGAUGAGAUGUGCCCUCAGCCAACCUCUCCGAAGGAGUCAGCGCCACCAACAUCACGAAGGGUCUUCCAGAAGAUGUGUCCACACCUGCAGGGCUGCUGGGCCUUAUCACCCACUGUUUUUUUUUUUUUUUUUUCUUUUUUGCGGUACGCGGGCCUCUCACCGUUGUGGCCUCUCACGCUGCGGAGCACAGGCUCCGG